AUGAAGCGGCAACACGUGGCCCUACCGGGCCUAAAGUCCCUGGCCGCCGCCAUCCUCGUCGCCCGCGUCACCGAGGGUGCCAAAACCUACUGCGCCGACCAAAACAACGUCGUCGUGGCGGACGCCAACUGCGACGGCACCAAGCCCGCAGACACCUUCUUCAUGUUCUUCAGCGAAGAGGACUCCAUCCCCGUCGGCAGUGCCGUCGACCCUCUCAAGACGGAUCUGUAUGACAGCGCCGACCCGAUCGAGAGACAAAAUGCCAGGUUCCCUUUCGAGGUUGACGAGGCCAAGUUUGAGACUAGAGACAUGGAGCAUAACGGGUUCGGAAGGCGAGCUUGUGGAGGUAAUGGUGGUGGUAGAGUUGGAGGCGGAUAUAUUGGAAGGCCCAUUGGUGGUGGCUACUAUGGUGGUUAA